CGCGAACUUCAAGCGAAGUAAUGCUUUCCUGGUGGUCGAAGGAUUGAUCGCAUCAAGUUGAAGUCCGAGACGUAAUAAACGGCGUAAGCGAAAUUUGCCGCACAGCUUUCACUGAGUGCCUGUGCGCACUCGGAAGCUUGAAGGGCUUAAGGUUGCCCAAGGACGAUUUUCUCUCCGUCUUUCCAGCUGGAAGGUAGUAGGCCCAUCUUGAUGUCGGCUUUUGUGAGCCUGUCACGCUUCUUCACUACCUCCGGAUCUCGCCCACGCUCCUUAGACUUCCCAGAAUCUGUUCAUGACAGCUUAACGAUAGAUUCUGCCGUGACAGAGGUGGAACACAGUCAGUUGACGACGGUCGAAAACUCAGAUUUCCGUGGGCGCCUGCUCUCUUCAAUUGAAACGGCAUCUCCCGACCAAUUACGCACUCUCGUCCUUCAGCUCGCUGACGAGAUACCUGAAUUACAAAGGUCUCUUGUGCAAUCACUUGCCUCCUUGAAGGCGUUGUCAAAGGAGGCUUCGGAGGUCUUACAGAUCGACACGAGGUCUGAUGCAGACUCAAACGAAGCUUGGCUCAGCCUAGAGAGUGUGUCGACGGACUCUGACACCACGCAAUAUUCAAGUCCUUCGGCUUCGGACGCUGGAAGUAGCCACAGCUGGAAGACCGCCCAUUCAAUUAAUUGGGACAUUAAUAUCGAGGACGUCCCUGAGAUUCAAUCAGAGGUGAAUGCGGAUGUCAGAUCGCGCCCACGCUGGGAUAUUUGCGUGAAUUGCGCGAAAAAAUUCGAUACCAACGCGGUGCGCGGGCCGUUCGAAUGCUGCUAUCAUCCAGGGUUCCUCCAGAAAGAUGUUGAACGGCACAAACGGUGUGAUCCCCAGUCGCAUCCAGAGGACUUCAUGUGGAGGUGCUGCAAUGAAAGCAACCCAGAGGGAUGUGAGACUGGGUACCAUAUACCUGCCGGGGACAUUGGAUUGCCGCGAUUCUCUUGAAGCGGCUCUUCGCCUCGAAGGAUCAUACUGCCUCAUGAUGUACAACUAUCUGUAUGGGUGUCGGUGGCGAACAAGACGCCAAGCGAGACGCAGUGAAUCCUAGCUUACAUCAGGGACACAUCUGCGUAGACAUU